AUGGAAAGAAAAAGCACAGUUCGCGUUCCUCGUGCACUAAUUGUCGGAUGUGAAAGCGCACGCCCGACAAUUCAUCGCACGCAAAGGACGCCAUUUGAAUCCAUUUCCCCUGUAAAUGCGGGUUACUACUUGAAUUUUGAAUCAGUUUUGGGUCAAAUGUCUCAGCGAUACGAGCGCACUCAUAAUUUAUUGUGCAGAAGCAGGAAAGUCGAAGUCGCUCAUCAUCUUCCUAGCUGGACUUUCCAACAUGAUAAUCCUUUGCAAUGGGACAUGGUGAUGAAAGGAAUUCGUCCAUACUUCAAUAAGACUAAUCUUUCCAAAGAAGACUAUAAUCUAACAAUAGACGCAAUCAUUGAGCAUGACAAAAAGAAGUGCAAAGCCCCGUGCUCUUGGGAUCUCUAUUCAGCCAAGGAAGUGAAGCAGGAUGUCUUUUAUAGGUUGGAGAUCCGUUUUGAUUCGGUGAUGGGAACUGUAUAUCUCCCUAAUAACAGUCUAGCGAACCUCUGAGGAUUUGGAAUGGUCCGAUAAAAACGAACGACCUUAGUUCUUUACCGAGCGAAAUAAUGAAGAUUGGAUUUUGCCGACACUGCAACUUGAGUGGUCACGAGUAAAGACUGCAGAAAAUAUGGAGAGAAUGCAAGAAAUGGAGGGAAACUAGCCAAUGAACUAGCCAUAAAGAUAGCCAAACAGCGAGAGGAACGCUCUUGCGAGGGAUGGCCCUACGAAAUACAGCUGAUAGAAAACCAUCUUUGUCCGCUCGUGCCACCUAUUCAAAAUCGUGUGCAUCAGAACGAAUGCAUAGCCUACGGUGAUCGAGAUACGGUGCCCACCCAAUCGUGACGAGAAGCAGCCUCGUAUUAGACUGGUUGCAGAAACUCUCAGAAUGGAGGAUGCACUGGUUUUGAAUGAAAAAGAAAAGGAGCUGGAGCGCCGUUUACAAGAAGAGUUCGAAGAAAAGGACCGAGUUAUGACAGAAAAAAUAUGCAUGCAAGUAGCGAAAUUUCAGUUGGAAUACCGCAGCAACCAAAAGUCAAUCUCCCUUGCAGCACUAUCACUGGUGCCAUUGUAGUCAGCCCCACCAUACCGCCUACAACUUUUUCCAGAUAUGGAAAGGACGGCUGUGACAGAGAGACUUAUGCAGAUAAUGACGACGACGAGUGUGCCAGACAGUAUCGGAACUCUGGGGCAUUCAUAUGUUUGAUCGUAGCUAAACGCAGCAUCUUUUGCGUGAAAUGAAGGAGCUUUUAAUUAUGCUGAUUAUGCAGGAUCGAAAGGAUAAAUGC